AUGAUGUAUUCAGAAGUAUAUAUAUACCUUCAAGGCUUCAACGCUCUCUCAAAUUUCUCUAAACUUCGUUUAAAACUAAUAAAAAUAUCAUUUAUAAUUUUUACAGAAAAAUACCUUCAAAAUGAUUUUCUCCUUAAAUUGUCUAUUUCUUCUAUCCGAUCUAUUCCAGUUAUUAUUAGUGAGGAAACUACCGUUGGUUAUAGUAGAAUCAAAUAUGAAGAUAUUACAGUUUCACACGUCAAGUUACUUUUUUUGUAUGGAAAAAAAAUUAGUUAUCCUCUUGACCAUCUGAAUCUUUGGAAGGUUGAUCCUGUUAGUGCUAACAAGUACGACAAGGAGCUUGAAAAAUUUUCUACCGAAGAUGACAUUAAAGAAAAACUUGGAGGAGAAUUGAUGAACCCUCAAUUUCCUCUUAGUAAAUAUUUCAAUAGGAAUAGUUUUAAAGAUAUGGAAAGCAAAUAUAGAUUAUAUCAUUUACAUUCAUCCAAGGAAAUUAUUGAGGUUAUUAAGAAGAAUGCAUUAAAGGGUUUACCUAGAUUGCCUGAUGUAUUAAGCAUGCCAUUACAACAACGUAACUUCGAAGAGGCAAUGUGUUAUGUAAAAGAGACAAUAUACAAUAAUAUUACGGGCCGAGAUGGAAAAUCGAACUACUGGUGUAUUGUCAGUGGAGGAGCCCCGGGGAUAGUCAGAAAAGACAUGCCUCAGUAUAUUCAGAAUAUUUACAAUCAUCGUAAUAUUCCUCAUGACAGAAGAAGAACUGACACACAUCUUGAAUACUUAUGUAUUGACUUCAGAAAUGGUCACAGACUCACUCAACAAGAUUAUGGCAUAGAUGCAUCAAUAAUUGUCGGCUUACAAAUUGCGCAUGCAUUUUUUAUUGAAAAAGAAUAUGGAAUGACGUUUCAAGAAUUCCGCAUCGCACUUGAACAAUAUAGGGACAGCUUUAAUAAUUUUCAUUUUAAUGUUGUUAUCGGAGAAAUUCGCAAAUCCCUAAAUCUGUCCGAUAAACACUUAUUUUUCCUAUAUCUUCAUAUUGAUGAAUUUCAACUUAUUGAUUCAUGGGAUAAAGAAGAUAAGUCGAAUCCACCAACAAAACUCUUCUAUAAUAUGAUCCAUAAUAUUGCGGAAUUUAUGCUUAAUUCCGCUUUACCCACCUUUGUCCAACCAUUCCUUUCAGGAACCGCUCCACUGGCUGUCAUUAAAAUAAAAGAAGCUCCAAGAAUUUCAUUCCGGUUUGUUGAUUGUCCAUUAUUGAACGAUAAAUCCAUUAUUCGGAUUAUGGAUCAUUUUGCAGAAAAAUUCAAUGCAGGAAUUGCAAACUAUGCAUAUAAGUGGAAAUAUUGUCGCCAAAUGCUUCAGCUUCUGAGGGAUACCGGUGGGUUGCCACGCGCACUUCAACGACUCUUUAUCGUCUGCUUUGGAGCAGAUGGUAAACAGGGGAGAAAAUUCUUCGAGAAACUUGAAAGUAAAGAACUUGACUUUGUGGACUAUUUCAUCAAAGUCAAGAACAGUCUCGAUAAACAGUAUGGCAUAAAAGACUAUGUUAAAAGCAACGGAAAAGUUGCUAUGAAGCUCAUGUAUUAUUGCAUUGAAGGUAUUGCCAUUGCCUCUGAUGAAUGUUUGGAUGAUAAUAAUCCAGAUCUUACAAUUAGAAGCCUAGAACGUGAUAAACAUAUUAUUCUCUCCCCUGCUGAACAAUCUGCCGGAUACAAUUUUUUCCUUAUUAAUAUGCCCUUCUAUUUUAUCUGUUUAUAUAAUGACGUUCUGUGUAUUGUUAAACCUACAUUUGUAAGAAAGUUCUAUGAUGAGCGCAUGUAUUGGGAAGAAUGGGAGGUGUUUGUGGCAUACCAUGAAGCAUUUCGUACUAAUCUGGCGAUAAGAAUGGGAAAGACUACAAUGACUUUACGAGAAUUAUAUCCCAAUGCUGAUAAGUCGGAUGUUUACUUUGAUAUGAGCGUAAAAUUGAAACCCCUUUGUGUAUGUGAAGCAAAUGAACAAUUUCCGCUUACUAAUCCAUUAACAGAAAAACCUGAUGGUAAAAUAAUCGACUGGCAGAGUGGUGGUGUAGUAUGCAAAUGGGAUUACGGUUCAAAAAAGAUGCCCGAAAGUAAAGUUGAAGAAGAUGAUAAGAAAAAUCUAAAGAAUUUUUUUUAUGAUGGUAAUGAUUAUAUGCCUAUUACAAUUAUUUUUACUUCGCAAUCAUAUAUUAAGAAAAAGCAAGAAUCAGGUGUUUUGGUAGUUUCAAAAGAAGAUUUUAAAAAACACUUUGGACCCAUUUUUUCCUCUCGGGCAUCAUUUGCCUUUACCGGAGAUACAAAUCCCAACUUCUGGGAAAAAAAUAGGUUGGAAAAUGUUCUUGACGGUAUUUGCGAUGCCUCGAUUGAACAAUUAAUAAACCAAAAUUCAAUAUUAUUAAACGCUGAAAACAUUGAAUCAAACAAACAAUCUAAUAUUUUUCACAUCAAAAAUUUUUUGCAGGCACAUGAAACUGUUCAAAGUGAAGAAAUAAAUGAAUAUAAUUCAAGUAGUGAUGAUGAAAUUGACGAUGAUAAUGAGCAAAAUUUAAAAAAUGAAUCUGAAUUAUAUGAAAAUGAAAUAUACAUUAUAGACGAAAUGUCAACUUCACUUUCACCAUGUGCUAUUGUUGACAUAAUUGAUGGAAAAUUACAAAUAUGCAGUAAUGAUAGUUAA